AUGACCGAACGGGUGUUCAAAGCCAUUGUGAUUGGAGAUACACAGGUUGGAAAAAGCAGCCUCAUGAUGUUAAUAACGUGUGAAAAAAAAGAAACAAAACCAACCAUAGGAGUAGAAAUGAAAAUUAAAAGCUUAGUAAUUCAAGACAAACAUUACAAAAUUACAAUAUUUGAUACAGCUGGCCAUGAGAGAUUUCGAACGGUCACUUCUUCCUAUUAUCGAGGAUCUCACUUGGUGUUUUUAGUGUAUGAUGUGACCAAUAGGAAAACAUUUGAAGACACAAAAGUGUGGUUACUAGAUUUUAAAACAACAUUUUACAAUUCUGAUGGAUGUUCUCCAUACAUUACAUUAAUAGGAAACAAAAUAGAUAUGAAAGACCAGAGAGUAGUAAGCCAAGAUGAAGGAGAAAUGCUUCGAAAAGAAUUGGAAUUGGAUGCAUUCUAUGAAGUGAGUGUGGAAAAAGAGAUUGGUGUGAUGGAAGCAUUUGAAAAUGCAGUGACUUGCUAUGCAUUGAGAGAAGCUCAACAGAGAGAGCUCUCAACAGGACCUUUGAAAGCUACCAUAGCCUUACAUUCCUCUCCAAAAUCCACGAGUCAAACAUCCAUGUCUCAAAUUCAUACAGUCAAUCGUGUACCUUCGAGGUGUAGCCAAUCAUGUAUGAUUGGUUAG